CCAUCACGCACUAGAUGGUAAGGGAUGACUUGCCGCCCGCGUGUAACAUAACGUCUGCCGCCAGCCUGCCAAGGGCGCCUUGCCCGAUUCCGACCGCGCCGUUCCCCGGACGUUGCAGACAUGCUCAAUACCACUUCGCCUCGCAGGUGAACUCGACUGGCCCGCGUCGUGAGCAAGCCCCGUUGUAUUCGUCAGCCCGUUCCCGCUCGACUGCGGGGCGACGAGCAGCAGCAUGGUUGGCAAGCAAGCUGCGCUGGAUCCCUUCUGGGACAACUCGGACUGGACCCUGGGCCAGUUGUUUAUGAUGGGCUUUGAUGGGACCUCUGUCACCCCGCAGAUUCGCCAAUUGAUUGAGCAGCAUCACAUCGGUUCCAUCCUGCUCACCGCCAAAAAUCUAAAAUCCGCAGAGGAAACUACGCGGCUAUGCUACGAGCUACAGAAAUGCGCCCACGAUUCCGGCCACCCGGUGCCAUUGACCAUCGGCGUGGACCAGGAGAACGGGGGUGUCAACAGCCUCUUUGACGAGAUCUAUAUCCGCCAGUACCCGAGUGCCAUGGGCAUUGCCGCUACUGGAUCAACUGACCUCGCUUUUGAGGUUGCAAAGGCAACCGCGCAGGAGAUUGCGGCAUGUGGUAUCAACUGGAUCAUGGGCCCCUGCUUAGACGUGUUGACGAAUGCGCGCAACCAGCCAUUGGGCGUAAGAACAACUGGCGACGACCCACAAGAGGUCUCGGCCUAUGGCGUGGCCUUUAUGAAGGGCUACAAGGAGGCCGGUGUCGUCACCAUGGGAAAGCAUUUCCCUUCCUACGGCAAUCUAGAGUUCCUGGGCUCGGCUCUAGAUGUCCCCAUUAUCACGGAGUCCUUGGAGCAGCUUAGCCUCAGCGCCUUAAUACCCUUUCGCAAUGCCAUAACCCAAGGUCUCGACUCGAUGAUGGUUGGGGGCUGCGCAAUGUCUUCGGCUGGUCUGAACGUCAUGCACGCUUGCUUAUCGGAUCAGGUUGUUGACGGCCUGUUGCGAAAUGAUCUCAAGUUUGACGGAGUCGUUGUCUCCGAAUGCCUGGAAAUGGAAGCUCUUAGUCACAACAUCGGCGUCGGCGGCGGCACUGUCAUGGCCGUCAACGCUGGCUGCGAUAUCGUGUUGCUUUGCCGCUCUUUUUCAGUUCAACAAGAAGCCAUCAACGGCCUGAAGCUUGGCAUGGAGAACUCUAUGCUCACUAAAGAGAGGAUCAAAGACUCAUUGCGCCGGGUUCUGGGCAUGAAAUCAAAGUGCACAUCGUGGGAAAAGGCGCUCAAUCCCCCUGGAAUCAAGUUGCUGUCCACGAUGCAGCCUUCGCAUACUUCAUUAUCCACGAAAGCAUACAACAACUCCAUCACUGUCGUCCGCGACAAGAAUCGGCUUCUGCCGUUGUCAAACAUCAUCGAACCGGAUGAAGAGCUACUUCUUCUGACACCCCUAGUCAAGCCUCUUCCAGCAUCUGCGGCUUCCUACGCAUUGUCGGAGACCGUGUCAGCCGGCUCACCUGAACCGGCAGUAUGGGAACGGAGUGCUUCCGUCAUGAGCGGAGAGCGUGUAUUCCGGGAACUCGGAAGAUCGCUCGCAAGACAGCGUAAUGGCCGAGUCUUACACACUUCUUACACGGCCAACGGCGUUCGGCCCGUGCACGAAAACCUGAUCAGUCGCGCGAGCGCAGUCAUCAUACUGACGGCCGACGCCAACCGAAAUUUAUACCAAAACGGCUUCACGAAACACGUCUCCAUGAUUUGCAACAUGCAAUACUCAGCGGGAGGCGAGAAGAGGGAAAAGCCGCUCAUUGUAGUUGCAGUGAGCUCCCCGUAUGACUUCGCCAUGGAUCCCUCAAUCGGCACCUAUAUAUGCACUUACGAUUUUACCGAAACGGCAUUGAAUUCUCUAGUAAAGGUGCUCUACGGCGAGCAUAAUCCAGCGGGCGCUCUUCCCGGGACAAUCAGCCAGAGCCAGAAGUUGCACCAGUCGAGACAGCAUUGGCUCGUUGAAACAUUCAACGAGGAAAGGGACGCGAUUGCCCUUGACAAUUUGAUCAAAGCAGUCCUGGAGGGAACACCUCCCAACCAACACUCGGAACUGUCCACCUCCACAUCAAAUUCCUUUCUCCUCCAUCAUCCGGAAGUUGUCGAAGCGCAUUUUGUCGUUCGCAACAGCAGCACACAAGCUUUGUAUGGAUUUUGCUCAACUUACUUUUUUAAGACGACGGGCACAGGGGUGAUAGGGGCUCUGUUCGUGGACCCGGCCCGGCGGAAGCUCUCGAUUGGGCACUCGCUGCACAACCGAGCGAUCAGGACACUUUUGCAGAGGGAGGGCAUUAAGCGUUUCCAGCUCGGCUCUAGGCUACCAAGCAUUUUCCUUGGUAUACCUACGGGGCAUGGCGCGGAGAGGAAACGGCUCCGGUCGUGGUUCGCCAACAUGGGGUGGAGCACGGCGCUCUCGCGGCCCGUGUGCAGCAUGGUUGCGCGAAACCUGUCGACGUGGACGCCGCCGGACGGCAUGGCGAAGAGCCUUGCAAGCGCCGGAGCCGAGUUUGACCUGGUGUACGGGUGGGAGUACGCGGCGGCGGUGCUGGACCACAUCAAGACCAGUAACCGCCAAGGGUUGGCCGAGGUGUACAAGCUCGCGCUGGCGGACCCGGCGGCGUGCGGAAUCAUCCGGGCGAAGCGACCGGAGGACGGGGCGCUGGUGGGCACGGUGGUGCUCUACAACAUGCACUCGCGACUGGGCGAGUUUGUGCCGGCGCUCAAGGACGUCAACGAGUUGGCGGGGGGCAUUUCGUCGCCGGUGAUUUCGCCGGCGGUGGGCGAGUACUCGACGCUGCUGCAGGGGCUGAUUCUGCUGGGGAUGCGGCAGAUCAAACAGCAGGCGUGCAAUGCGUGCAUCCUGGACUAUAUGGACGGCGACGGCAAUUUCGACGGGCUGUCGGCCAUGGGAUUUGAUGUUUUGCAUAAUUUCGAGGAAGUCAGCUGCGACGCGGCGACGUGGUCGAUGGUACCACCUUCGUAGGGAAAAAAUUACAGUGAUUC